AUGCGCUUGCCAAGUGAAGAUGUUGACGACUUGGAGGACCACCAGAACCUUCUGAGGUUUGAUGAUGGGGGCAUGAGGGGUCUAGCUGCGGGGCUAUGCUGGUGCGGACUGGUUUACCAUGUGCGGAACAUGAAAGAGAGCGAUUUUGCCUGUCAACAAAUCGUCGACCUGGCCAAGUCCCUUUUGAGCAUCCCGACGGUCUACAAGACACAAGGGGCCAGCGUGACUUCGGAUAUGAUCCGAAGGAUUAUCAAGCAGAAUGUUGACUCCAAGAAGUUGGCUGUUUCUUCAUAUGAAUGGAGUCAGAUCUUGUCGUCCAUGCAGAAAGACGGUGCUUCACUUUCCCUCUCAGACGCCAUGACCAUGUACAACGAGAAUCCGGAAGACAAGACUGGAUCUGGGAGCCUCGUCUUGGACAGCAAGAAGCAGUAUGCAAUAAAGCAUUGGUUGGAGCUGACCGCACCCAAGGCCAAAGAGCAAGUGGAACUGGCACUGAAGGAUGGCCCUUUCCAGCAUGGACCAUGGGGUGAACAGCUUUCCAUUUUGAAGUACCUCUUUUUGUCAUCAACGAUGCCAAUGAUGGCUCUGCCCGAUUCCAUGAUGGUUUGUGCAGCUGGAGAAGAGACCGUUCUGCUGGACUGGAGUCUUCCCAUGACAGAAGUGUCCCAGGAAAUUCUGUUUUGCCGCAUCCGUUUGGCCUUUGAGAAGGCCACUGCGAUUGUGGAUUCUCCGGCUGAUCGCAAACGGUACAGGCUCAAAGAAGAAGAGUUGACUCAAUUGAGAAACAUUGUAUGCCUCUAUGCUGGUAUUCGCGACUUUCUCUCCAAGAAGAUGAAAGACUUUGACAGCUAUGAUGAGCUGUUUAGAACCAGCAGUUUGAAGGACAAUGAUCUCCUCGAGCUUAUCCAAGCUCGGCCAUCGCACUUCAGUCUUAGCAUGUUGCCCUCUGCACAGAAGGAGGCCUUGGAGCAGGCUCGCAUGGAGGAGGAGGGCCAGACUUUGGAGGCUGAGCAGGAACGUUUGAAAGUUCGUGAUGCCAGAUGGCAAUACUUUCAAGCAGCUCUUGAAAGGGAUUGGAAGCUCCUCCGCACGAUCAAGGAAGCACCAGCCAAGAUUGAGAGCCUCAAGCAUCGGAAGAUUGUCCAGUGGAGGCUGGCCCAGGCAGAGCUUGGCGAGAAGGUUGUCAAUGCGUACCAGUCGAAGUUCUUGCGUUGCGACACAGUUUCAAAAGGUGAGCUGGCGCAGCAGAAAAUCAACGAGUACAGGAGUUUUGUUGCACAGGCAGCUGGAUGCAGCGACUCUGACGUUCACAUGGUGACUGUGGUGGACCUCAAUGUCCCCGGUGCCAAGUCAUCUGAACGGCUCCAGGAAAUUGCCAGUUGCAUUCAGUUUGUCAAUGACCUCGCACCUCAACGGCAUUGUGCCCUUGUCGAGCUGCCUGAGAUCCCAAAGAAAAGCAGCAAACGAGGUCUUGCAGACGAGGAAAAAGAACUUCAAGAGUGUCUUUGGUCACUACGACAAGGCUGCGACAUUAGGUGGAUAUGUCCCUUCGAGGUUCAUGCAUCGGCUGAGGUGCAGUCUGGCCGCAGGAGAUACAGCAGCGGUCGCUUGGUCUGCAACAUCGAUGGCCAAGAUGACAACAUAUGGGCAGGUCAGUCAGAGCUUGGUGUUUGCGGGCGGCCUUUGUCAGAUGAUCCUGUGGUUCUACCCCUUUCACGAGAUAUCAUCCUUCCUGAAUCACUUUCGGCAGAUGGCGAUUUGAAGCAAGCUGAAAGACAGCGUCCCUCAAACGAAACUUGCUCAGCGCAAAAAGGGAUGAAGCGAUGGCAGAAGCUUCUUCAGUCCAUGUUGACGAUGACAUCUCCAGGCUGCAAAGUGCUCAAGAACAAGCCCGUAUGUGUGCUUAACCUCACUGGGUACAUCGAGGAUGUAUUUGAGAUGCGACUGCAGAACACUGAAUUGAAGGGCGGCUUCCACACGAGCAACUUGUACUACCACAGCGUCUGGUGGUUGAAUCGGGACACUUUUGGCCAUGCGAGGCUCACUCGGGAAAGCACAGAUGCUUGGAUCGCUCGACGGUUCUCCCAUGGUGGCCAUCAGUUCACCUUGCAGGCACCUGAGCUUUCAGAAGCUGAAUUGCAAGGAAUACAGGGCGCUUCUGAUAGCCAGAUCGACAAGCUCAAGUUUGAAACGUUGGAGCGCACUGGGGCAGGAUUGGCUUUCACCAUCAAGGUGGACGAGCACAAGUUUUGGUCGAUCCAGGGCGGUGACAUCUCUCAGGAAUACAAUCGGUAG